ACAGCCACACAAGGAUAUCUCCUCACGACCACUACUCCAUACUAGUACAUCAGAACCUCCCACUUAGCAAUGGCGAAGUGUCUCGCCGUCGCGCUCCUGCUACUGGUGGUGGUCGCGUACUGCGACGGGAGGGAGCUGAACGGCAAGGACCAGACACUUGCAGCGACACGCGGCGCCGGUGCCGGUGCCGGUGGUGGCGUUGGCGUGUCGAAGGUUUUGGGGUUGCCAGUUGACCUGCCGCUUGUGGGAACCGCUACCGGUACCAGCACCAUUACCGGCCCGCUGGUGGUGCUCCCUGGGAUCCCUGCCAUUGGCCCAUGAUAAUCUCUAGU